UGAGAACAGCGCCAUUUCUGUCGGCGUCCAUGAUACGCGAUGCUACCGCAGCGGAUUCCAGAGCUUGAGCUCGGAACGGCAGCGGGAGAGAAAUAGCCGCUCCCCUUCGCUGCUCCUCUCUACUUCAGCCCACGGCAGGUUGUGCCGGUGAAGUGAGACGUAGCCCCAAAAUGGACCCCUCCAACUGAGACGCAAACACAUCUUGUGUUUUGCCUAGCAGCUGAGAUCUAUCAGCAGCAUAAGCCAUGCCUGACGAGUAAAAUAUCCUUUUUUGCUCAAAGCAAUAAAAAAAAGAAAAAAAGCCUACUACAUGCCUCCCCAUGUAGAGCCCCUUCAGUGCGUCCUGCUGGAGUGACUGCCCCCUCUUCCAGAUAGGUUCGGCCUCAUCCUCUUCAUACCCUUCUCCACCGACCACCCAGAACUACCCAUCACAAUGCUGCUCUACCUGAGAAUGGCCAACACCUGAGGUCCCAUGCGUCCAGUGAGCACCGAUUCAGACGGUCCUGCUCCUCCUGAAAACCUCUCUUGCCCCUACCCCCUCGUGGGCCCCCUGCCUGCCUCAAAGAUGUCCCUGCUCCAGUCGCUGGGUCCAGUGCAAAGCUGGCUCGGCCAGGAGCUUGAGAAGUGCGGGAUUGAUGCCAUGAUUUACACCCGCUAUGUCCUUAGCCUUCUCCUGCAUGACAGUUAUGACUACGACCUGCAGGACCAGGAAAAUGACAUCUUCUUGGGCUGGGAGAAGGGAACUGGGAAGAAAUGGGGUAAGAGUAAGAAGAAAGGAGGGACUGACCUGAGUCUUGAGGAAAUGAAGAAACAAGCCGCUGUGCAAUGCCUCCGCUCCGCAUCUGAUGAAAACUCUGGAAUUGAGAGCCUGGUUGAAGAGCUUUGCUCUAAACUUAAGGACAUCCAAAACAAACAGAAAGAGGAAAAACAGAUUCAAAAGAAAUCUGAUGGCUCUCAGUCUCCAGAGCGAGCUGAGUCCCCCUCUUCAAAGGACCAGGUGGAAAUGUAUUAUGAAGCCUUUCCUCCUUUGUCAGAGAAACCUGUUUGUCUCCAAGAGAUAAUGACGGUGUGGAACAAGGCUAAGGCCUGCGCAUACUCAAGUUCAUCAUCCUCUGCAGCCCCACAGACCAGCACAGACACCUCUUCCCCAAAAGAUUGCAACAGCGAAGGUGAGGCUGCAAAGGAGCGAAAUCUCGAGGCAUGUGGUACCAUCACUACUGUGACCAACGAAAGAGGCCAGCAACGACGAAGCAAGAAGGAGAAAGAAAAUCGAUACCAUGGUGGUGCAGCAGCGGAGGAGAAGUCUACCGUCCACUCUAAGAGGCAGACCAGACACAGAUCUGAGGGCAAAUACAGACCCAGAUCCUGGUCUUCUGGCUCUAGUGAGGCGGGAUCCAGCUCAAGUGGGAACCAGGGUGACACUAAGUCAUCCAGAAGCAAGGCAGUUAGAAUAAGGCACAAAUCCAGAGAGGCUGCAAAGAAUAAGAGAACACGCAACAGCGGGCAGGUGAAGCUGCAGGUGAAGGUAAUCGACAGAGAAGAGCGAAGAAACACAGGAGGGAGCAGUAGCAGCGCCACCGGAGGUGCUGCCAAACAACCACAGCUUUACAAAAAGGGGAAGAGACCGCUGAAGGAGAUUCGUAAAGAUCCAGGCUGGGUGGAAGCAAAAGAGUCAGGAGUUGAGGCCAGAAACAAAAAGGAAUAUAUGGAGGAGCCACUUUGGUACACUGAGCCCAUCACAGAGUAUUUUGUACCUUUCAGCAGCAGACAAAGCAAGCUGGAAACAAAAUAUCGAAGCAAGAUCGACUCCUCGGACGGCUUUGCCUUGUCAACCGACAUGGAGAGGCUGCCAGAGAGAAUCCAGGGAAUCUGCAUUGCCAACGAGAGCUACCAGAGAGCAUACCUAGCAGCAGGCUCAUUUGUGGAUGGGCACUUUGUGGAAGGGCCUGGUGAAGCAGAAGAUGAAACUGCUGAACUCACUGGGACCUCAAGCUGCCCUCAGCCAGAGGAUAGUAGAGAUUUAGAUGACAAGCAUCUGUCUGAAUUCACUCACUUCUAUGAAGUUGAUAUUUAUCAAUCCAUAUUGGAUACUAGUGCCUCAGACUCGAUACAAGAGAGUCGGAUCUUAAGCAUGAUUCGACAAAAAAGCAAAGAGCAAAGAGACGUUGAGGCAGAAUGUUGUUUAGUGUUAGAUGGCCUUGAGCAGCAAGGGAAAAGUGCAAUACGGGCAGACUCACAGGAAGCUUCGGGAUCUGUUGGAUUCUUAAUGGAGGAUUUUGAAAACAUGGCUCAAGUGUGGGGAUGUUAUUCACCAUCUACAUCAGAGGAUAUAGAUGGAGAAAGCUUUGUCGGAGACUCUCCCAUUCGACUCUCCCCCCUUCUCGAUAGUGUUUCAUUCACCCUGAGCAAACUAUCCGGAAAUCUGGAGGAGCCACCUGUUCCUGAAGCCACCAGUGAACCAUCUGGUUUGAACUCAUCCUGCUUCUCUCUUUUUGAGCUGCAGUAUGACAGCCCCACUUUUCCUUUUCCCCGUGACUCACUCACCGUUGGUCACGAAAACAACACAGAUUCUAGUAGCUGUCUCGACCCACAUUCUAAUAAACAGUCUCGUUUGCUAAUAUGGACCAAAAAUAGUGCCUUUGACGAAACUGAACACUGUUCUAACCUUUCAACGCGAACUUGCAGUCCGUGGUCACAUUCAGAGGAGACUCGUUCAGACAAUGAACAAGGAAAUGCUCCAACAGAGGAUGCUGCUCAAAUUGGCAACGAAGAGAUUGAUUGUAUAAUCCCUCCUCUCUCUGGUACAUAUCUAGAGGAUGAAAUCUUGGAUUUUUUGCAAGAAGACGCUGGCCGCAAGUGUGAGGAGGUCAGUGUUAGCACAGCAUCCAAUCAGACCUUCACCAAAAAAUCUAAAUUGGAGUCCAUUUGUGGUAUAGCAUUGGAAGAGGAUGAGAGUAAACAGUACAGCACUGGCAUGUUUUCGGACAACACAAACCAACAGAGUGAUGAUUACAGCUCAGGGAUAAUUAAGGACAUUUGGACUGCAAUCGGAGAUGGCAAAUCUGUAAUGUCAAGGCAAGGAGCAGAAAAACCAAGCGAGGGGCUUUUCUCAGAUGAGUCAGGCGGCUACUGCUGCAACUGUCUGGAGGUGCAGGCGAAAGGAGUUCCAGUUCAGGGAGCUCAGAAAAAAGCAGUGCAGCGGUCAGAGUAUCAUCUUUGGGAAGGCAAGAAAGAAGAACAGGACUUAGCCAAAAACAAACUCUCCAAGGUAGAUGGUGCUGGGGAUUACAUGACUCCGUCCAAGCCCUGGGACUUGAACUCUGACAAGGAGAGUACAUCAUUCAUCCUGGGAGGGGUGUAUGGAGAGUUGAAGACACUAAGUGAUAAAAAUUGGGCUGUUGUGCCGCCAAGUGACACCCAAGAUAGCCUGCUACAGUGUGCCGCCGCAGCUGCAUCUGCUUCUAGCUCAGACAUGCUUACCAUCACUGGCACAGAUGUGUUCAUGAACACGAGCAGCUGCUUUGCCCCUGGGCACAGGCCCCUGUGGAGGCCUCUUGUGUCCUUUGGGCAGACUGACCAGGCCAUUAGAGGAGGUGGAGAUGGAUUGAAUAAGGGAUUUUCUUUCAUCUUCCAUGAAGAUUUGCUUGGAUCCUACGGCGGCUUGCGUAGUGAGGAGCAAGGUUUAGAAUACCCGUUUGCAUCCUUCAACCUAAACAAUCCCUUCUCUCAAGUCCUCCAUGUUGAGUGUUCUUUUGAGCCUGAGGACAUGGCUUCUUUCAGUCCAGGGUUCAAGCCCAAAUCUAUUCUUUGCUCGGACUCUGAGAAUGAAGCCUUCCACCCACGAAUAUAUGGCAUCAACCGGACGCAGUAUAGGGCCAUUCGCAUUUCCCCCAGGACUCAUUUCCGACCGAUUUCGGCCUCAGAGUUGUCUCCUGGUGGAGUAAGCGAUUCCGAGGCUGAGACUGACAAAGAGGAGAUGAGUUUUCCCGUCCUGGCGCCGGUGGACGUCUUUGAUGAUCCUCAGGCUGAUCUCAAACCUCUGGAGGAGGAUGCAGAAUGUGAGGGCCCUUAUUACGGGAAGUCAGAACUGGAAUCUGGUAAAUUUUUACCCAGAUUAAAGAAGUCUGGCAUGGAGAAGAGUGCCCAGACCUCUCUGGAUUCACAGGAGGGCUCCAGUACCCUCCUGCCAAUCGCUGAGCAAGAGAUUUGCUUAGACUGCAAAACGGCAGCAGCUGCAUCAACUGCAGGUGGACAGGCGGACGUCUCAGUUGGCAAGAUUCAAAAAGAGGAAUCUUCAGGAGAAAAACAGUCCUGCGUAUGUGCACCAGCAGGUCAGAUCCCCAAGUAUGGGAUUGCUUAUGACUUUGUUGGAGAUGUGCCAGAGUUCCCUCUGUUAAAUAUAAGUGGACAGGGAGGAACUGGCAACCAGCAAGAUGAGUGCUGGUGGCAGAACACACUCUGUUCCCCCAUUUUCCCUGGAUCUCAGUGUACAGGGAGCAGCAACAUUUGAAUACUCCAGUUUUGCAGAGGACGCCUGUCUUCGAGAGGAACCCUUCCUCUCCUUUUGUGACUGGACCUCUACCAGCAAAGAUUCAGGGUCAUCUCAGAGCUGGAAAACCUAAUGUAGGCUAAUUUUCUGAGACCCCCUACCCCACCCCCGCCCCCUCCAAAAAUCCCCGCACAUAACCCUGCUGGUUUUCAUUUACUAACUUAAAUCCAUGUGUAAUCAACAAUCAGAUCAACAAAAAGUGAGUGAAAAUGGGAAAACUCAAAAAAUAUGUUCUGUCUUUGAGUGAUGCCAUGUGCGGACAUGCAUUUUAGGCAUUUUUAGAAUUUGUUUCAGUUGAUUCUUCUGUACACUGAUCCUCAUUCAAGUCUCACAGGUAGUAGGGACAAUCUUUUGUUCUCUCCUUGUCAGUUUUGUUCCCACCAUUUUGCUUUUGAACUAGGUUACUGGUAGUUGGUGGUGUCUGAAUGGUUGUGCAUGUAUGUUUGUCCAGCCAGUCUCACUCUUCUUUUUCUAGUUAAACCUAAUGUUGUGUGAAACAACUGCUAUCGCAUCCCCUACUUUCCAUCUUGUGUUCAGAAAGACUAUAUAAGGAUGUUGCGAAUUUUUGAGUUGUGUAAGAAUUUGAGAGUUUAAUUUAAAUAGUUUGUUUGGAAGACUUUCUGAAUGUGAAGUAGAGAAUGUGUGCAGCUUUCUUCUAAAUAUCCGUAAAUUCCCCAUGUGUGAAAAGUUAUCAUAAAUGAGUCUGAUUUUUGAAUGGUGAUAGUCUUUCAAAAGCUAGUAGUAGACAUAGUAUGGUUUGUGAGGCUAAAAUAAAAAAAAUACUUAAAAAAAAAACAGGAAAUCAAAAGGAGUUUUGUUGGCAAAAAUACUAAUAAUCUACUUGAAAUGCAAUGCUGUAAAAGAAUUGGGGAAAAAAAAAACUAAAGUUUGUGUUCUGGGGUAAAGACCCUUCAUGAAAAGACAUGACUACAGCCAUUUCUGCAGACACCUGUGUUGCAACUGAAUGAAACUUUGUUUUAUUAUUAUUUUUUUUUUUGUAAUUUCUAUGGUACAGACUAUUGGUGCUAUAAAUAUGUUCAAAAAUCUUUUGAAGUUGCAGUUCCAUUACAUGGCUGUGAUAAGUAAAUGGCAGAGCCCAGUUUUGUUCGUAGUCCAGACAGUCAGACUCCAUGAACAUAUAUUUUUGCGAAAAAUUGUGAAAAGAAGAAAAAAGAUUUGCCUGAUCGCGGUUCUUGCUUAAUGUGGCUUGGUUUUUAUUUGAAGGUAACCACUUAGUUGUCAGGCCUGCAACAGCUGAAGAAGAAAUGCUCGCAGGUAUAUAAAUCUCACGAUUGUUACGCAUCCUUUCAGUUUAUUGUCUCCAAGCAGGAAGGACAAAUUCAGCAACGAGUGAUGGUUCACUGUCCAUGCUGCAACUAAACGAAUCUGUAACAAAACAAGUGGCGGGGCAAUGGUCAAACCAAAAACAUGGCAUAAUUUACACUAAGGUACAAAUGCUUUUUUUUUUUUCUUUCCAUGUGAGGUGUGUUUUUAUUUUUUUUUGGUUUACAAUAUAUCUUGUUGAAAUAUUGAGUAAUGUCUCACUGUGUGUGUCAGCAUAGAACUUGUGAAGGCACUGGGUCAGAGUGAGUGUACUAGAACUUUAUCUCAGAGAAAUGUGAGCGUAUGUAGAGACAUACAUUCACAAAAAUAUAACAGAUUAACGCCCCUGGAAUUUGAAACGCACCCUGAGCAAAUUAACUCUGAAACCCGUGAGGUGUGGUUUGCUGACCCUUCUUGUGACCUGUGCUUAAAAGUUAAAUUUAAGUUAAAACAUCUGCAAAUACGUUUUCCCCCAGUGUUUUUGUUUUUUUUCUUUACAAACAGGUUUUGAGGACAGUAGCAGGUUGACGUACUCGUCACAUCACACCUUGAAACUGAAGCACAGAUAACUAAAAUCGUCCCCUCCAUUAACGGGUAAUUAAAUAUAUGUCAGCAGCUUGAGCAGACUCGCUGUAAUGCACUGUCGCAGGUGAAGGUGUCUCUAUUGCGGGCAUGGCUUUGGAAAUGGCUUCCUCGCUUAAAAAUGCAGAGAUGCUAAAGGGCCUAGGGCUUGUUCGAUCCAAUGCCAGUUUGAAUUGAUUAAAAAAAAAAAAAAAGGUCUCCCAAGUAGCUGAACGAAAGGUACUCAACUUCAGGGUCUUGUCACCUUUCUUUGACAGUCAUCAGACACUCAGGAAUUUUUUAAUAUAAGCAUACUGCAUAAUCUACACUCAGACCUGUGACAGUGCAUUGAUGCAUUAAUGUAAAACCUUUCUUUGAUUGUAGAGCAGAAAUUAUUGACAGGAAUUCUUUCCAGGCAAACCACAGAGGUGACUGUCAUUAAUUUAGAACUCUAGGUUUAGGGAAAAAAAAAAAUAAACAGAAAAAGAACUAAGCCAUUGUAGAUUGCAUAAGCAAUGCGGAGGGGAAUUCAAAUGCCCUGAGUCCUAUGCAAUACCUUGGCGCAUGUAAACAUUCAACAGUAUAUGGAGAAAAGUCAUUCAGUUAAUUUUGCAUGUUGAUUAAUUUUGAGAGAGGGACACCUGUGAAAAACAAACAAACAAUGGAAUGUCUCUAAAAAUGCAGCAUGUAAACAUCACACUCCAUCUUUUUAUGUUGGGUUGAACAAAAUACUUUGGUUUAAAAAAAAAAUAAAAUAAAUGAGUGAGGUUAUAUCAGUGAUUGAAAGAAUGUGAUUAUGACUGUGUGUGUGCGUGUGUGUGUGUGUGGGAAUGUGUGUGUGAGAGCAUCUGUCAGUGAAUGUGAGCAAAAAAAGCUAAGUCACAAAAAGCACUUACAUGGGAGUUGAAAGGAAUGCAUCACACCUUUCUCCAUUUAAUUCUUCCAUUUUGAUAGGCCGUGUUUAAAAGGAAAACAAAAAUUAAAAAAAAAAUACACGUAUGACGAGAAAAUGCAUUCAGUGAGGGUAUAUGCAUUUGGAACGACACUGACGGGGUGGCUCAGUUUCACUUGCACUGUGGUUUGAAGAACAUAUCCAGCACUGAAAACUUGAGUUUUCCUCGUCUUUCAUUCCCACCUAGAUGAUGCUCCUUCACCCUCACCCUUCCUCUAUGUUCCUAAGUCCCAUCUGUCCCGAGUAGCUGUGUUGUUCUAAUUUCAUGUACACCCUGAGUAAAUUAUUUUGUUUCAUUGUGGAUUUUCUUAACAUCUAAUAAAGGAAUAAACCAAACCUCA